AUGAUGGCAUCGCGAAGCACGGCAACCUCUUCCGCAGCCGCAUUCCUCAACGGCGGCUCGUCGUCCAGCGCGCCCUCUCCAGGCGGUCGCAAGAUGGGAAACCACCCUCGCCAGUCCUCCUCCGCACUCUACACCGCCUUCUCGCCCAAGCAGAUCCAAGGCUUCAAAGAGGCAUUCAACAUGAUCGACACCGACUCGGACGGCCUGAUCACCAAGACCGAUAUCGCCACCAUGCUCAACAACCUCGGCGUCGACGCCUCUCCUGCUUCGCUCAACUCGUACUUCAAGAACAACGCGUCGAGCGCCACAGCUGGCGUCAACUUCACUCAGUUCCUCACCAUGUUCGGCGAACACCUGGCGGAGCUGGACGACCAGACAGUCUUGAUGGAGGCGUUCGAGUGCUUUGAUGAGAAGGACGUGGGCAAGAUCGACGCGCAAGAGUUGAGGUUCUGGUUGAGCCAGGUGGGGGACAAGAUGUCGGAUAAGGAGAUCGACAGAUUGCUGUCCGGUCCGUUUAUGGACAAGAGCGGCAAGUUUUUCGACUACAAGGCUUUUGUUGAGGCGGUCAAGAUGUCGGAACCUGCCGAGAUCGAGUAA